CGAACCGGGUACAAUCGGUUCGAUCCCAUCUCGUUAAUUAAAGCUCCAUAAUUUGAUUUGGUCGCACCAAAGAUCGGAUUUUUAUCAGACGGCAAGGAGGGGGAAGAAAAUGCCGGUGAGAGUCGUUGAGAGCAACACGCCUGCUCAAGUUUCAGGAACUGAUCCUGGGAAUCGAUCACAGCUUCCGCCUAGUUCACUUCUUGGCGCUGGCCAGGCAUUUUCUGGUACGCAAAAUGUCUCUAAUCAACAGAAGGAGGAAGCUUGGAGAGUUAACGUCCAGAUACAGGGAAUUGACCUUGAGCAUGGCUAUCUUUGUGGUACCAUGGAAGCUCUAAACGUUCCCAUGGCAGACACUCCUGUUAUAACCUUCUGGGAAGGGGAAAUUGUUGAUGGAAAGAAUUAUACUUUCUACACCGGAAAAUGGGAAGCCACGAGGGAAGAUGAUAUGAGACAUUGGUCAAAGUUCCCAUCUUUUUCGCCUCUUCAGGGACAAGUUGAGUCUGACGGUGGCAGGCAAUUGGAUCUUAACAAUUACCCUUAUAUAUUUAUGAGGUGGAAAGAGCAAUACUUUGUAAAUGUUGGCACAGAUUGUGGACUAACAAUAGCUGGAUUUUACUACGUAUGCUUCUCCUGCAGUGAUGGAUCCAUCAGCGGUUUCUAUUAUGAUCCAAACAGCAGUCCGUUUCAGAAGCUGGAGCUUAAAACAGUAAACGAAGGAAGAUCUGGUUUCAGCUUUUCUUCUUACGAGUUGCAAUGAUGAAACUUGAAAAGCCAAAACCAUCAUCAGACAGCCCCAUAUGAUGAUACACUCGUGGGCACAUGCGAGGCACGUGAUCCAGUACAUUAUGACGUGUCAAUUAUUAUAAGAUUAUUUAUAGUAGGAUAUUUUUGCUUUAGAUAGCAGACCAAACCAGUAAGAACUAAAAUACUCUUUUGUCAUUAUGGUACAAUCUAAUGUUUUAAGUCAUAUCUCAUUUCUAGUAA